UAGAGCACUAAAAAUAAGCAUCCCAGUCGAAAUCCGCCACCAUUAUACACUAUUCCACAACAUGAUCGGCGAUUUUUGCACGGUUAUUUUAACGUACGUGUGUGUAUACACAAUGUCCGAAGUUAAAAUUAAAAUAACGGACAACUUGGUGGACACGUUGAUCCAUUCGCUCACUUCAGCAUUUUGAGAUUUUUCGGCCUAUUUUUAAACGCCACGGUGACGUACAAUUAGUGCUUAAUAUUUUUCAACUUUCCUAUUAUUCGUGUGGCGGUGAGUGCGGUCGCUUUUUCUGGAAUUUCUCGGUCCAAGUUGAAAUGUCGAGAAUCGGUGCUACUACGUUGCUUGCAGAGGGUGGUGGAUAUCUGAAGCGAGCCAAUCCGGACCACUUGCGGGAUAUCUUCGACAAAUAUGCGUCCAAAGAGAAGAAUGGGGAGAAGUUUAUGACUGCGGAGGAUUUCGUUAUUAAAUAUCUGGGAUUGUUCGGACCGGAAAAUUACAAUGCACACUCGGUGGGGUUGCUGGCCGGAAUCGUCGACACGAGCAAAGAUGGACUCAUUUCGUACCCGGAGUUUCAAGCGUUCGAAGGGCUGCUGUGCUUUCCGGAUGCCCUUUACAAAACUGCAUUUCAAUUGUUCGACACUAACGGAAAUGGAAUGGUUAGUUUUCAGGAAUUCGUUGAGGUAAUGAGCAAAACCGACCUCCACCAGCGAAUUCCGUUCGACAUGGACUCACCCUUCGUGCAAUUAUACUUCGGUCGCGACAAGAAACGCACCGUUUCCUACAGCGAGUUCAGCCAGUUCCUGCACGACUUCCACGAGGAGUACGCCAUCGAGGGCUUCCGAAGAGCGGAUAAGGAAGGAAGCGGCUUCAUAUCCGUUCUGGACUUUCAGUACAUAAUGACCAACAUCAAAAGCCAUUUGCUCACUAAGCAAGUACAGUCCCACCUAAUCGAGGCAGCCCAAGGGUCCCAGAGCGGUCGUAGGGUCAGCUUUCCGUAUUUCAUUGCAUUUAAUUCGUUGUUAAACAACAUGGAGUUGGCCAAACGUAUUUACCUGAACGUGACGAAUGGCCACCGAGCGCAGGAGGUGAGCAAGGAGGAGUUCAUGCACUCGGCUCAAGCCAUGUCGCAGAUGACGCCACUGGAGGUCGACAUUUUGUUUCAGCUGUGUGAUGUACUUCAUCAAACGGGACAGUUAAAUAACGAAGAGAACGGUUUGUGUGACGGGCGGAUCGUGUAUAACGACCUUAACGCCAUUGCACCAGAGCAGUACUAUAAACAGAUCACCACACGAUUGGCCGAGAUCAGAGCCAUUUCGAACCCAGAAGACAGAGGCAUUUUUAUUCAAAUUUUGGAGAGCGUUUAUCGAUUCACUUUGGGUUCGAUAGCCGGCGCGGUUGGUGCCACUGCGGUCUAUCCCAUUGAUUUGGUGAAAACGCGAAUGCAGAAUCAGAGGACUGGUUCCUUCAUUGGUGAAUUGAUGUACAGAAAUAGCUUUGAUUGUUUCAAGAAGGUCAUAAGGCACGAGGGUGUGUUUGGGUUGUACAGGGGUUUGGUACCUCAGUUGAUGGGCGUCGCUCCGGAGAAGGCCAUCAAGCUCACGGUGAACGACUUCGUCCGCGACAAAUUCUACGACAAAAACGGCAAUAUAUCCCCCCUCGGCGAAAUCAUUUCCGGAGGAACCGCCGGCGCUUCCCAAGUCAUCUUCACCAACCCCCUGGAAAUAGUCAAAAUCCGGCUACAAGUAGCAGGCGAAAUCGCCGGAGGAGCCAAAGUCCGCGCCUGGGAGGUGGUGAAAGAACUCGGCUUGUUCGGGCUAUAUAAGGGCGCGAAAGCCUGUUUGUUGCGAGAUAUACCUUUCAGUGCCAUUUACUUCCCCACGUACGCUCACACGAAAGCGAAAUUCGCCGACGAAAACGGCUACAACAGUCCCAUAUCCCUCCUAGUUUCCGGUGCCAUCGCCGGCGUGCCGGCAGCAGGUCUGGUAACUCCAGCCGAUGUGAUCAAAACUAGGUUACAAGUAGUCGCGAGAACCGGUCAAACGACGUACAAUGGCGUACUUGACGCCACGAGGAAAAUAUACGCGGAGGAAGGCUUCCGGGCUUUCUGGAAGGGUGCCAUUGCUCGUGUUUGCCGAUCGUCGCCCCAGUUCGGUGUCACCCUGUUGACGUACGAAAUUCUCCAGAGGCUGCUCUAUAUUGAUUUCGGCGGAACGCGUCCUGCCGGGUCGGAAUUGAAGGUGACAGCUCUGGGAGGAGAGGCUUCCAAGACACGGAACCCGGAUCAUGUUGGUGGUUACUCGGUGUCUAUACCAGUUUUCUCAGGGAUAGAAACUAAAUUCGGUCUUUGCUUACCGAAGUUUAGUGUACAAAGAGUAGCCUAAGAGGGGGGAUAUGUUUAGUUAAAUUAGGUCCAAAUGCUUAGCUUCUGCCACCGGCCGGCACUUUUCGAGUUUACUCUGUACAUAGAUAGCUGAAGAACAGAUAUUGUUAUAAAAACGUAUGCUUUAUUUUUACAACCAUGUUUUUUAGUUUUGUAAUGCGGAGUGAGUUGUACUUUUGACGUUAUGAAAACUGUGCAUUGUGUCGCUUUUCACGGGAAAGGUGUUAUUGAAUGCAUUGUUUUUAUUUUUUACUACCAGAGUUUUUACAUUUCAUACUCGUGAUUUUCCCAACUCUCAAUUUUAUUAAAACACUCUUUAAUAUUGUAUUUAAUAAAGUAUACAACGUUAA